ACGCAACACCAAUAAUUGAUUAACUUCAAAACUCCAGUCGAAAAAGAUGAAAACGUAUAACACAUCAUGCGAAAGAGCGGCUCCCCAAAACAGCAGAAGCAGGACAUGAAUGUGCGUAGUUAUGAUGCCGGACAUUGUCUUGCUUACCGUGCUAGCUUGGGCAUGGUGUUGGCUUGGGCAGAAACAGCAUGUGAAGGACAUGCGAGAAAAGAAGGCCAUCGCGAGCCGAGUUGGAGGUUUUACUAGAUUUGACCCCCCUAGGAACCCCUUAAAGCCUGUUGAGGGGAGCCUUAGCUAUGGGGGGUAUGCAGACUCUUUCACUACGGAUGCGGUUAAAGAGGAAAAACAAAAGCAGAGAGAAAGGACAGCAAGGCUAGAGGCCUGUCUUAACUCUAGGAGGGCGAAGAAUCUAGAUCGAGAGAAGCAGAGGUUAGAAAAGAUGGUAGCAGAGGAAGAGCGUCAGCAAAAGCACAACGAGGACUUGAAAAAGUCAAAGCUUGCUGAGAGGAAUAUGACCAGCGCACCUUGCAAUCCCAUCACCAUGAAAUAUGAGAAUGACGGUGAUGGGGACUGGCUCAAGUUUAAAGAUGAACUUACAAGGUACCGCGCAGCUGUGAGAGCGGAGAAUCUCUACCGAAGGGCUCGAGCUGUUAGCUAUAAUGUGAUAACAGGCGUUGAGACACCAAUUCCAGUGGACGUUCCACCCAGACCAACAGCGCCGGGCCAGCUCCCACGACGCCAAUCACUUCAGCACCUCCCUCUUCAGAGCACAAGGAACAAUUGCAAUUGUCCUCAUUUGCAACGCCCCCCUCCUGCUCCUCAAGCACUUCCUCCCCCGCCUGCUGCUCCCGCAUUAGACGGCAAGAAGGAUUUGCCACCAAGUACAAAGGUAGAGAAGAACAGUGCAGAGAGCAUCAAACCUCCUCCUCCUCCUCUGACUGUGCCAGGCCAAGAGUGCGGUCCCCAACUCCUUACCUGACAACCCCAAACCCUAAACCUUAGAAGAACGCGGAGUUAUCUUCUAUGUACCUGACCUAAAACUUGGGAUGAAUACACCCACCUCAUGUAUUAGGAGACAGUGGUAGUAACCCUCAUAAACCACGACUCCAUCGGGAACUCUGCCGAACUGACCCUUUGUAAGUAUUCGACAUGAAUACGCAUAUUAUCACUCCCCCCUCCUGUUUGGGAGAAAUGGCAUAAUCCUGAUAUAGACCAUCUCUCUCUCUCUCUCUCUCUCUCUCUCUCUCUCUCUCUCUCUCUCUCUCUCUCUCUCUCUCUCUCUCUCUCCCCUUCCUUUUCCCCUAGCUCUAAGGCUUCACCCCAAGCCUGUGGUCCCAUGUACAGAAUAAAAGUUCUCCUGACGA